UUACAGUGUUCCUUAUCACAGAAGAUGAGUACUCCUGUCAUCUUUCCCCUUUUCACUUUAACAUAACACUCUGUACACUAGUCUGAUCAAAAAACCUCAAAACACAGCAACCGCCAUUUCUUUCCAAAUUCCCCCAAUUCCCAUUCCAACUUUAUCUUCUGAAGUAGAAGAAGAAGCCAUAGAAAUGCUUUGAAGUUUCUGUAAAGAGAAAGAUCUACAAUUGUUUUGAAUAUGCCGAGGCAGAAUCAAAGCGUAGAGAAUCUACUUCUACUUGGCAAAAUCAGGAAACGUGGUUGUUCUUCGCCGACAUCGUCGACUUCUUCGAUUCUCCGUGAAGGUUAUAGAUUCAAAAGAGCGAUAGUUGUUGGUAAAAGAGGAGGAUCCACUACUCCUGUACCUACAUGGAGACUUAUGGGUCGAUCUCCUUCUCCACGAGCUUCCGGUGCUUUACACGCUGCUGCUUCUCCGUCGUCUCACUGCGGGAGCAAAACCGGUAAAGUAUCAGCUCCUGCUCCUGUUUCAGCUAGGAAGUUAGCUGCGACGCUUUGGGAGAUGAACGAGAUGCCUUCACCUAGAGUUGUGGAGGAGGCUGCGCCAAUGAUUAGAAAGAGUAGAAAGGAGAGAAUCGCGCCGCUUCCUCCGCCGAGAUCAUCGGUUCAUUCUGGUUCUCUACCGCCUCAUCUUUCUGAUCCGUCGCAUAGUCCAGUCUCUGAGAGGAUGGAAAGAUCAGGGACUGGGAGUCGCCAGAGAAGAGCUUCAUCAACUGUGCAAAAGCUUAGGCUUGGAGACUGCAAUGUGGGGGCUAGGGAUCCUAUUAACAGUGGCAGCUUCAUGGAUAUUGAGACUCGAUCACGGGUGGAGACACCGACUGGGUCAACUGUGGGUGUCAAAACACGGUUGAAGGAUUGUAGUAACGCUCUCACAACAUCAAAAGAGCUUCUCAAAAUCAUUAACAGAAUGUGGGGUCAAGACGACCGCCCAUCUUCUAGCAUGUCCCUCGUCUCUGCUUUACAUUCUGAGCUCGAAAGAGCUCGCUUACAGGUCAAUCAGUUAAUCCACGAACAUAAACCGGAAAACAACGACAUUAGCUACUUGAUGAAGCGUUUUGCCGAAGAGAAAGCUGUGUGGAAAAGCAACGAGCAAGAAGUUGUUGAGGCUGCAAUCGAAUCUGUUGCUGGUGAGCUAGAAGUGGAGAGGAAGCUGAGGAGACGGUUUGAGAGCUUGAACAAGAAAUUGGGCAAAGAAUUGGCUGAAACAAAAUCAGCUCUGAUGAAAGCAGUUAAAGAAAUCGAGAACGAGAAGCGAGCGAGAGUGAUGGUUGAGAAAGUUUGUGAUGAACUAGCAAGAGACAUAAGCGAAGACAAAGCCGAAGUUGAAGAACUGAAGAGAGAAUCUUUUAAAGUCAAAGAAGAAGUCGAAAAGGAAAGAGAGAUGUUGCAGUUAGCAGAUGCAUUGCGGGAAGAGAGAGUACAGAUGAAACUAUCGGAGGCUAAACACCAGCUCGAGGAGAAAAACGCAGCUGUUGAUAAGCUAAGAAACCAGCUUCAAACUUACCUCAAAGCAAAAAGAUGUAAAGAGAAGACCCGUGAACCACCUCAAACUCAGCUACAUAACGAAGAGGCUGGAGAUUAUUUAAACCAUCACAUCAGUUUUGGAUCAUAUAACAUCGAAGAUGGAGAAGUCGAGAAUGGAAAUGAAGAAGGUUCAGGCGAAAGCGACCUUCAUUCCAUAGAACUGAACAUAGACAACAAGAGCUAUAAAUGGCCUUAUGGUGAAGAGAACAGAGGAAGAAAAUCAACGCCAAGGAAAAGCCUUUCUUUACAAAGAAGCAUAUCGGAUUGUGUUGAUUGGGUUGUACAGAGCGAGAAGCUUCAAAAAAGUGGAGAUGGAGGGUUGGAUUGGGGAAGAUCUAUUGACGUUGAGCCUAAAGGGUAUAUAGAUGAAACACAAGCUUAUAAACCAAACAAGGCUUCUUCAAAAGAUCACCAUAUCCUCUCGGGUUCGAGACUAAGUAACUUCCGCGGUGGAUCUGUUUCAAAGUCGCGGUUAUCGGAUGCUUCGAAAGGCGAGAACCAGAAUGCCAGAAAAUCAAGAUGGUAAUAUGAUCAAGAAAUUUUAUUCACAUUUUCAGCGCAGAGAUAACAGAAUCUAAAGACUUUACAUCUACAUUUUUUCUCUGUUCGCUCGUUUUGUCAAGAGUGAUUCUCUCAUCUGUAAGUGACAUAAAACAUGAAUUUGAACUGGUAAUGAUCCAAACAUGUAAGAGCAUGAAUUUACACGAAAUCGUCUUUUGAUUU